AGUACCAUAGUUGAUAAAACGACGUCGUAUUGAUAUAUUCACGUUCUACCUUAAAAACAACGAAGGAAACAAAAACUCCUCUCUCCGAGUUCGCUAAGCAAAUUACAGAGAGCCAAAAAAAACUCUUCUCUCGCCGGCGACUGUAAUUUCCGGUACCCAAGAAGAUGGGAGGCGGCGGAGAGUUGAAAUACGAGAUAUCGCAAAACGCAUACAUAAAGCUGGUCCUUCACGCACUCAAGCACAAGUCAACAUCGGUUAAUGGAGUUUUACUAGGUCGAUCUGACAAGAAAGACGUCGUUGAAAUCGUAGAAUCAGUUCCUCUUUUUCAUAAUCACUUAGGUCUCCUCCCUCCUCUCGAGAUCUCCUUAAUUAUGAUAGAGGAGUAUUAUGGUGCUCAAGGACUGGGUAUAGUAGGGUAUUUCCAUGCAAAUGAGAGGUUUGAUGAUUUUGAGCUGGGUAAUGUGGCUAAGAAUAUUGGGGAUCACAUUUUUCGCUAUUUCCCUCAAGCUGCUAUUCUCUUGUUAGAUAAUAAGAAGCUUGAAGCAUUGACAAAGGGGAAAGACCAGAGCCCUGUGUUGCAGCUUUAUACAAGGGAUGCAUCAAAGAACUGGAAGCUAGCUGAAUCAGAUGGAGGCAGCAAGUUGAUACCGAAGGAGCCAGCAGCAAAUGUUGUGUUGUUGGAUUUUAUUUCAUCCAAGAAGUGGCAGGAUGUUGUAGAUUUUGAUGAUCACCUUGAUGACAUUACCAAGGAUUGGCUGAAUCCAGAUCUCUUCAAGUAGUUUUGACUUCUCCUUGUGAAUUUCAGUGAUUGUUUCUUGUUUUAGCAUCUGGUCUACAUUGAUGUAUGAUGCAACAACUUGAUGGAGGAGACUUGGUUAAAAUUAUAAUAGGCAAUGGGCUUUGGUAGUAAAGCAUCAAUGGGACGUCCAUUCUGUGUUAAAUUUUGGAAAUUUCUAAGACAGGAAUGUCAGUGUCUUAUUUUGAGGGAACAUCUUCGUUGUAUUAGUUCUAAGAGUUGCAAUGACAUGCUAUUCAAAUGGUCUGUUCUUAACAUAAAUUUUGUUUACGGGACCUUGGUUUCAAUGAUGUAGAUGUGCGAUUUCGAGAAAUGCAAUAAUUGUAUUCGCAUCA